UGUGUGUUUACAUCAUGUGGUUACAGCUCCGGCCAGUGGAGCGUGCUUCAUGACGUAUUAGGCAAUCGACGAAUUGAAGGGCAUCUCUAAGCUUCAGAAGGCUGUAUAUGCAAGGACGAUCUCACCUCCAGAAUCCGUCCCCGCUUUUCAUUGCCUCGGCUUUCCUGCGUGGCGUGGCCCAUAUCUCGGCCGUGAUUGUUAUUACGGUUAUUCUUACGGCCCAUGUGGCUGGGGAUGCGGUUGACAAGAGAUGGUAUGAGAUGAGCCGCACCGCCUCUCUUAAACAUACAGCCCGUCAGGGUUUUGCUCGACACUUCCGCUCACAUCAGCCGCUCUUAACACUACACUACACCAGGAGCUUCCAAACGCUUUCGACCCGACGAGGGACCGGCCCAAGGACUUCCCUCGGCCGUUCGGCCGUGAAAGACGUUACCUCGGAAGACCUAGCAUGACCUUGUCCACGGCUCACGGAGUUCAUCGUUGUGGGAUUUUAAGGAAUUCACUUCUCUCGUGACCUCCGAGACCAUUGUUGCAGUUGGUCAGUUGUCCGCUCUGACCUGCUUGAGCAUGUUUGACCGACCC